AUGGAACGGACGGACGAGACGCCCGGACGGACGGACGACGACCGAGACGGGACGAGUAUCGACCGCUCGAGGCACGGACAGAUCGAGAGAUCGACUGAGGCGACCGACGACAUCCGACAGACCCGAUCGAUGACUCGACCCAAAGUCCCGAUUCUUGACCAAGGAGCGAUCACAAGGAGCCGACGCAUGGAGAAGAAUGUCCGAGACCAAUUCAACCUCUUCCUUCAAGGGUACGACAGCCAUCGAUCGGAUCGAUCUGACAUCGCAGCCGUUCGUACAACGGGCGAUAAAGACCGACCCCAGUUGUACCCGCAUCGAUCACCAACGGAGCAUCUUUCGACCACCGCUCGUACCGCUCGAGCAAACACCGUCCGUACUGAUUCCGAUCGCCGGAAUCUUCCCCGGAGUACUUUUCCGACGAUCAACGACCGCCGGAUCCACUUUUCCGGUCAACUCCCCGACGGAUACCCGGACAUCAAACCACCUAUGGACGGCCCACAUCCACCCGACGGCGAGCCAUUACCCCCACCCGAGCUUGGGGCCGUUUUGACCGAGUUUCGGGAGGAGUUGACGCGGAUACGGGAACGACUCACCCGUAUCGAAGAACAACACUUACCACCCGGGGCACCCCUACGAGCAGUCCGCGGUCGACAACAACAACCGCACUACGAGCCAGAACAGAACGAGUCUUCCGGAGACGAACGACGAGCUCGACCCCGUGGACGAUAUGAUGGUCGACCCGAUGACCAUCGGGCACAAGAGCCGGGACACAAGCUUUCCGUCCCAACCUUUGCGGGAAAGGUCGAUCCGGAAGCUUAUCUCGAUUGGGAACGUCGUAUGGAUCAUGUCUUCUCGUGCUACAACUACAACGAGCGAAGGCAAGUCACGUAUGCUGCUGCUCAACUGACCGAUCACGCCCUCACUUGGUGGGAUCGAGACAUGGCCGAGAGAAGGCGUAAUCUCGAGCCGGCUAUCUCGACUUGGGAAGCUAUGAAGAAUAUUAUGCGAAGAAGAUAUGUGCCUCCACUAUACCAUCGAGACCUUCAGAAGCGGUUUCGGAGACUCACCCAAGGUGCCAAAUCCGUUGAAGAAUAUUAUGAAGACUUCGAGCAUUUGCGGAAUCGACUCCAAUUAGACGAAUCCGAGGAAACUCUUAUGGCUCAAUUUCUCGAUGGAUUACAAGAUCGGAUCGCGAGAAAGGUCGAGAGGCAAGCUUACUCCGGUAUCGAAGAAUUGUUGCAUCUCGCAAUGCAAUGCGAGCAACAAAUCAAGAGGAAGGUCGCCACCUUGAGUCGAGGUCGAACCCAAGGAACUCCCAGCUGGUCACCUAGCACAUCACCGGCUAACAAAGCUCAAGAUAAGGCCAAGAUUGCUGUCGUCGAGUCUCGUUUCAAACCAAGGGAACCCAAUCCGGACGCUCGAGCCGAUCCGAGGCGACCCCCGAUCGAGACUCGCAGCCGAGACAUCGUUUGCUUCAAGUGUCAAGGUCGAGGACAUUUCGCGAGAGAUUGUCCCAACCCACGCACGAUGAUCAUCACCGCAGCCGGAGAGGUUGAAUCCCAAGACGAAGCUGACGAACCGGACGAGCCGAAUCCGACAGACGAGAUCGAGGAAACAAUCGCUGCGCCCGAAGUAGGCGAGUUGCUCGUCAUCCGACGGAUUCUUAGCGCCAGCCAACAGCCGGACGAUACCAAUCAACGGGACAACCUAUUCCACACACGAUGCACUGUAAGUGGGAAGGUUUGUGGCUUGGUCAUCGAUGGGGGCUCAUGCACGAAUGUUGCGAGUUCCUAUAUGGUCAAGAAACUUUCUUUACCGACCACAAACCACCCGAAACCUUACAAACUUAAAUGGUUGAAUGAUAAGACCGUGAUUCAAGUCAAUGAACAAGUCACGGUUCCUUUUGCUAUCGGGCCGUACAAAGACCAAGUCUUAUGCGAUGUAGUACCGAUGCAAGCUAGCCACGUUCUUUUGGGACGACCAUGGCAGUUUGAUAAGGGAACCAACCAUUGUGGCCGAUCAAAUCAAUAUUCUUUUAUGCAUGAUGACAAGCGUAUUUGCUUAACUCCUUUGUCUCCAUCCCAAGUCAAUGAAAUGCAAUCCAAACUCUCUAAGGAACCAAGCACUAAAAUGAAUUUCUUGAUUAAUCAUAGUGUGGUUAGAAAGUCUUUGAGUGAUCCUACUUGCCAAAUGCUACUAAUGGUUUUUAAAGAUGAUGCAAUUGUAGGCACCAAGGAGGCGUAUGUACCGGAUGAGAUCAAGUCCAUUUUGGAAAAGUACGAGGAUGUAUUCCCCGAAGAGCUUCCAAAAGGGCUGCCCCCGAUUCGAGGCAUCGAGCAUCAGAUCGAUCUUGUACCGGGAGCACAACUUCCCAACCGACCCGCGUAUCGAGUAAAUCCGGAGGAAGCAAAGGAAUUGGAGCGACAAGUGUCCGACCUUAUGAGGCAAGGCUAUGUCGACCUCAAAAGCGGUUAUCAUCAAGUGAGAAUGAAGGAAGGAGACGAGUGGAAGACAGCCUUCAAGACUAAGCAAGGGCUGUACGAGUGGUUGGUGAUGCCGUUCGGCCUUUCCAACGCACCAUCGACCUUCAUGCGACUUAUGAACCAGGUUCUUCGAACCUUUAUCAAUAAAUUUGUCGUUGUUUACUUUGAUGACAUCCUUAUCUAUAGCAAGGGCCUAGAAGAGCAUUUGGAUCACCUUGAAAUGGUGUUACAAACUCUUAGAGAGGCAAAACUAUACGCAAAUCUCACGAAAUGCGUGUUCGGAGCUAAUGAACUUGUCUUUUUAGGUUUUGUUAUUAGUGAACAGGGACUUAAGGUUGACAAUGACAAGAUCAAAGCCAUCGAGGAGUGGCCAACACCAACUAGUAUCGGUCAAGUUCGAAGUUUCCACGGGCUGGCCAGUUUUUAUCGACGAUUUGUCCGAGACUUUAGCACCAUCGCCGCACCUCUCACCGCGGUCAUCAAGAAGAGUGUUGAGUUCCAUUGGGGGGAAGCCCAAGAGAAGGCAUUUAAAGAGCUAAAGAAGCGACUUACGGAAGCCCCACUCUUGGUUUUACCGGACUUCAACAAGACGUUCGAGGUCGAGUGCGAUGCAUCCAAUGUUGGCAUCGGAGCCGUUCUUACCCAAGGAGGCAAGCCGGUCGCCUAUUUCAGUGAGAAGCUCAGCGGAGCAACCUUAAACUACCCGACCUACGAUAAGGAGUUAUAUGCCUUAGUCCGAGCAAUGGAAACUUGGCAGCACUACCUUCUCGCCCGAGAGUGCGUAAUCCAUACCGAUCACGAGACCUUGAAGCAUCUCCGAGGGCAAACCAACCUGAAGAGAAGACAUGCUAAGUGGUUGGAGUUUAUAGAGGCUUUCCCAUACGUCAUCAAGUAUAAGAAAGGCAAGGAGAAUAUUGUGGCCGACGCCUUAUCGAGACGACAUGCUUUGAUCACAACCAUGGAUGCGACCAUCUUGGGGUUCGAGGGGCUUAAGGACCAAUAUGCGAACGACCCUGAAUUUGGCGAAUGUUACCGAGAGCAUGGGAAGGCUAACUUCGACCGUUUCUUUAUCCACGAUGGGUUCUUAUUCCGAGAACACCGACUUUGCGUACCGGAUGGGUCGAUACGCGAAUUACUUCUCCGAGAGGCGCAUGGAGGAGGGUUGACCGGACACUUUGGCGUGGCCAAAACCUUAGCUGUGUUACGAGAACACUUCUAUUGGCCGAAGAUGAAGCGGAUGGUCGAGAAGUUUUGUGGCCGAUGCUUGAUUUGCCGAAAGGCCAAGUCGACGACCCGACCGCAUGGUUUGUAUACUCCGCUCCCGAUCCCGGAAAGCCCUUGGGUCGAUCUAUCGAUGGAUUUUGUGCUAGGCCUCCCGAUCAUCGACAACAAGGACAGCAUAUUUGUGGUGGUCGACAGGUUCUCGAAGAUGGCGCACUUCAUUCCGUGCCACAAAUCCAACGACGCGGUACACAUCGCCAAUCUUUUCUUCCGGGACGUGGUCAAGCUUCACGGGAUUCCUCGCACGAUCGUGUCCGAUCGAGACAAGAAGUUUCUCGGACAUUUCUGGCGGACUUUGUGGAAGAAGCUCGGGACGAGGUUACUUUACUCGACAGCCGCGCACCCACAAACCGAUGGACAGACCGAGGUCACCAACCGAACCUUAGGCAACCUUUUGCGGACAACAAUUGCCCAAAAUAAGGGAUCUUGGAUCGAUUGUCUUCCAUUCCUCGAGUUCGCAUACAACCGGUCCGAGCACUCGGCUACCAAGACGUCACCGUUCGAAGUUGUAUAUGGUUACAAGCCGCUGACUCCUUUGGAUCUCCUCCCGUUGCCAUUGGACCCGAUCAUUAGUCUUGAGGGAGUCGAGAAGAGCAAGUAUGUCCGAGAGUUCCACGAGAAGAUCCGCAAGAAUAUCGAAAAAAGGACCGAGCAUUAUGCCCGACAAGCCAACAAACGGCGCAAACCGAUGAUCUUCCAACCCGGCGAUUGGGUGUGGCUUCAUCUACGCCCGGAGAGAUUUCCAACCCGAAGGAAAGACAAGCUCAGCCACCGAGGCGACGGACCAUUCCAAGUCACCAAGCGGAUCAAUGACAAUGCCUACCGUCUCGCACUACCGGGUGAGCCUCUUAUCUCUACCUCCUUUAAUGUUACUGAUCUCUCUCCGUUUGAUGUAGGGGACGAGGAGCAUGUUUUGAGGACAAAACCAUUUGAAGGGGGGAGGGAUGAUGUGACCUCGAGCAGCGACAGCAUGGAACGGACGGACGAGACGCCCGGACGGACGGACGACGACCGAGACGGGACGAGUAUCGACCGCUCGAGGCACGGACAGAUCGAGAGAUCGACUGAGGCGACCGACGACAUCCGACAGACCCGAUCGAUGACUCGACCCAAAGUCCCGAUUCUUGACCAAGGAGCGAUCACAAGGAGCCGACGCAUGGAGAAGAAUGUCCGAGACCAAUUCAACCUCUUCCUUCAAGGGUACAUUCAAGAUCAUGCCUCGGACAAACAUGUCUUCGACGAUCCACCAAGUCAAGACGAAGAGCCAUCAUGGAUGGUCUUCACCAUCACCAUUGGUGAAGACGUUUAA